CCACAAGAACGAUUGCAGAAAAAAUUUUAAAUUUCCAAAUAAGAUUAAUUAAUAAUUAAUAUCCCCAAACUUUAAUUUUUCGACUGUCAGUUUUUAUAUUUCUCUAUUGGUUUUCAUGAUGCUAAGUAAUUUGUCAUUUCCCAAUCUAAUUUCUACCGUAGGGACAUUAUUACUUCGCAACAGUGUUCGACAUGCGUCCAAAAAAUCUGGUACAAGUACUGCUAAUGUCGGUGGUCGAGUUCGUCCUAAACAUAGAGGUAUCAGAUAUAACGAUGGCCGUGAAGUUCAGGCAGGCACCAUGUUAGUGUUGCAAAGGGACCUAAGAUUUCAUCCAGGUCUUCAUGUUGGUUUUGGGCGCAACGGCACAUUGUUUGCUUUGGAACAGGGUAAAGUGGUUGUUUCAUGCGAAAAAAUGGAUCCAAAUUGGAAUCACACUUGGGUUCAAAGAUUUUAUGGCAACCGUAAAGGGCAAACAAUUUACAAAAAAUUCUUUAACAUUAUUCCAAAGCCACAACACAAUCGAUUUAAACUUGUUGAAUCUAUUUAAGCCGUUGUUAAAAUUAAGGUUUCAGUCUAUGAAAUCUAUUACUGUAAUAUUUUGUAGAAAUUUUUUAAUCAUGUUUGUAUGAAAUAAACAUAUUAUAUAG